AUGGACGGACUGCCAUCAGAGUUUAAAUGUCUGAUUCCGAGACAACCAGAAGCCAGCCGUGUGCUCGUUCACGCAAAACGACUCAGUAUCAUCGUCCCAUGGUAUCCGAUUAGCGGCCCACGACGCGCACCAGUGCUUCGUGCCUACAGCGGCCUCCGGUCUGCGCUUCAAGCUGAGAACUUGGGAGUUCGAAGCACUCCCAAAGUCGAGGGUUGUUCAACGAACCUCAACGCCAGGAGGAACGGUUGGGUUCUCUCGCCGCUGCUGCACACCGCACAUGUUACUCUUUUCGAGUAUCCAGAGCGCAGGAACUUCAGGGAGCACCCAGAUAGAGUUCUUGAAUAUGUAAUUGUUCGUGCACCGCAAGUCGAGAGGCUUGCAUUGCAGAUCAUCGCGGGUGGCCAAGCCGGUCCGAACGAAGACUUCAACGAGACGGUGGUGUUGAGGAAAAAAGCUAUUGCCAAUCUUCGUCUCUUCCAGCAGCUGAAUAGACUCACCCUUGCUCUCUUCCCCCCGCAAGACGACGAGCUAUCCUUCUACACAGCUGCAGAGGCAAUGGUCGACUCCAUUCCUCCACUCACAUAUGUCUGCCUCCUAGGUAGCUACAAACCAACCUUCCUCACUGCUGCCCUCCACCCAAACGAACCCGAACGCCUCUCUUCAGGCCCAGCGCGCGACUUAACCGAAUUCGAGACAGCUCAACCCCCGCCUUCUACCGGCCUCGACGUGCCUAUCUGGCACGUCAGCGACACGAUGAUCAACUCCGCCAUCAACGAAGAUCUGGCCAAGACUAUCUUUACGCACAUCCGCGCCCACCAGGUUGGGGACCGGCGCUUCGCGAAGUUAAAGAUCCCAUCCCUUUUAUAG